UGUCAUAAAGCAGGAAACAUCGUUAUCAUCUCAAACAGUGGGUCACGCCUAAGCAUUGGCAUUACGCACCAGUCUCUGCGCACAAGUUGAUAACAACUGGGGAGAUUUCACUUGUAACCUGCAGACUUCAGUUCUCUCUCUCUUCAACACACCUGUGACUCGAGAUUUGAGGAAUGGCAGAUAAGGAGCUUGCCAGAGUGAGGAGUAAGUUUGUGGAAAAGGUGUCGAACGCACUGCUUAAGGAGCUCCUGGACGACCUUUUAGGCGAUGGUGUCUUGAAUGACGGCCAGAAAGACUCGAUACUUGAGGAGAACAGUAACAGAGCAGACAAAGCUCGCGGUCUCAUUGACAUGGUGAGGAGGAAAGGAGAAAAAGCCUGCAGGAUGUUGAUCGCUCACCUUCACAGCAGAGACCUGAUGCUUUACUCUGAACUGGGUCUGACCUGUGGUGAACCUGCUCAGCCAGCUGCAGAGCCACAGAUGAAAGCUUCAGAGCCACAGAUGAAAGCUGCAGGGCCACAGAUGAAACAGGAAUGGUCCACCGCGCUCCUCCGUACCCCCAAGGAAUUCUGGGAGAAGAAACUGAAUGAUAGCGAUGUUUACCCUGCGGCCGAAAAAUCCAUUAGGAAUCGUGUGGCCCUGCUAAUCACUAAUAUAAAGUUUACUGUUAAGAGAUUAAACAGAAAUGGAGCUGAGAAGGACGAGGAGAACACGGAGAAACUGCUCAUAGGUCUGGGAUACGAGGUGGUGAAAUACACAAACCUCACAGGAAAGCAAAUUGACGAUGCUGUAAUUCGGUUCUCUAAACAUCCGAAACUCAGAGAGACAGACAGUGUGGUGGUGGUUAUCAUGUCUCACGGGAAACUCGGAGCUGUCCUCGGUGUCAACUGGACAAAGGAGAAAUCUGAUGAUGAGUUCCCCAUCAAUAACCUUUACGAACACUUGGGCACAGAGAACUGCCCAGCGCUGCUGCACAAACCCAAGAUCAUCAUCAUCCAGGCCUGCAGAGGAGGGGACAAAGGAUCAGUGCUUGUUAAAGAUGGUGCAGGCCAAGAUGUGGCCUGUGAUGAUGUGCAACAGCCAGGUGACAUUGACGACAUUGAGGAAGAUACUUUGGAAUUUGUAAACAAAGAGAAAGACUUCAUUUCUCUUCUUUCCUGCACCCCUGACACUGUCUCAUAUAGAGAUCCGGUUAAUGGGUCUUUACUCAUCCAGUACAUCGUUGAUGUAUUUUUCACCUUCGCACACAAGGAAGAGAUUGAGAAACUUUUCAAAAGAGUCAUGCGACGCUUUGAAGAUUUUUCCAUUCAAAACAGAAGACAGAUGCCGACCAAAGACAGAGUCACUCUGACAAAGGACUUCUACUUCUUUCCAGGCAUCUGAGGCAGGAUUCACUGUUGUUUAACACAGACUUGUGCCACCUUUCUUAUUCUGCUUGCAAUUGAUGGUACUACUUGAUGAAUAGAUGAAGCUUAUGGAUGAAUUACUGAAUGGGCCUACCGGGCACAGGCCUAGGGACCAAUGGACAGAGAAAAGUGAUGCAAAGAGACGUAAAAAGACGCAAACAGACUGCAAAUAGAUGCAAAGCAACUGCAAAGAGAUGCAAAACGACUGCAAAGAGACAGAAAAUGACUCUAAAGAGACGUGAAACAACUACAAAGAGACACAAAACGACUGCAAAGAGACCUAAAACGACUGUAAAGAGACGCAAAGCAACUGCAAAAAGAUGCAAACCGACUGUAAAGAGACACAAAACGAUUGCAAAGAGAUGCAAAAUUACUGCAAAGGAACACAAAGCGACUGCAAAGAGACACAAAACGACUGCAAAGAGACCUAAAACGACUGUAAAGAGACGCAAAGCAACUGCAAAAAGAUGCAAACCGACUGUAAAGAGACACAAAACGAUUGCAAAGAGAUGCAAAAUUACUGCAAAGGAACACAAAGCGACUGCAAAGAGACGCAAAAUGACUGUAAAGAGAUGCAAAAUGACUACAAAGAUAUGGCCGCGUUGUUCGCAGUCGCUUUGUAUCUCUUCCAGUCUUGGUGUUUUGCCCUUUUGGAGUAGGGGUGGGGGGCUUUACUAUGUCUGUGUCCAGGGGGCCCAUGUCACAUAAUCCUUCCAUGAUGAAAUCUACUAUAAAUACUAUAAAACAUUCAUAUUUUUGAUAUAUGUAUAAUUAACAGCGUGUAAGCCUUUGAAUUAAUGGAACAUAGACAUUUUUAUUAACUUGUAUUCAACAGUUUGCUUUCUCAUCGACGUCAUGCAACUAGUCAACAGGAUAUUGAAUGAUUGCUUGCACCGGGCUCUUAGUUCUUCCACCAAAUUUGAAAACAUACCUGCCUGCAAAUGUAUGAAAUCAGGUUGAUUUUUCUUCAUACGGCCAAGGCAACAUGUAAAAUGUGCAACGUUUAUUAUCUAUUUUUAUCUAUUUUUUAACUUCUUAAAACCUAUGAGACCCCAGACAACACUGCCAUUAACUCAGACACAGUGCGCCGUAUUAAUCAUCAGUACUCUUGAUCAAAAUAAGCCAAAAAUGUAUAUAAAUUAUAUUCUAUUGUUCUAUUUAAAUUACAAUUCAUUUUCCUAAUUUCUUGCUAUUUAAAAGAAGUGGUGGCAUUUAUUAAACAGAGACUAUAAUGUACAGCACUUUGGUCAACUUUUGUUGUUUUUAAAUGUGCUUUAUAAAUAAAUUUGGAUUGGA